AAGCAGCAGCAGCAGCAGAAGCAGCAGCAGCAGAAGGAGAAGCACCAGCUCCAGCAGUGAAAAUGGAGCGGGAAGAAGAAACGCAGCUGCAGCAGCAAAGUGGGGAGAAGGAGGAGCAGCAGCCGCAGCCCCUGGAGCAGCAGCAGCUGCAGCAGCAGCAGCAGCACCUGCAGCAGCAACAGCAGCAGCACCUGCAGCAGCAACAGCAGCAGCACCUGCAGCAGCAACAGCAGCAGCAACAGCAGCUGCAACAGCAGCAGCUACAGCAACACCCCCCCCCCGGCUGCGGCGCCAGCCGCAGCAGGAGCAGCAGGAGCAGCAAAGGCAGCGGAAGCACGAACAGAAACCGAAGGAGCAGCAGGAGCAGCAGCAGAAGCAGAGAAAGCGAAAACACAAGCAGCAACAGCAGCAACAACAGCAGCUGCAGCAAGAGCAGCAGCAGCAUCAGCAGCAGGUAAGCCUGGGGGACAUGCAGCAGCAUCAACAGCAGCAAAAGCAGCGCAGGAAAAAGCGGCGAAAGCAGCAAACGCAGCAACAGCAGCAACAGCAUCAAAGGAAUAAGGCGCAGCGCGAUUCGGCUCAGCAGCAGCAAAGGCCGCAGCAGCAGCAGCGGCAGCAGCAGCGAAAGAAGCUCCAGCAGCAGCAGAAAACGGCGCAGCCGAAGCAACAGAGGACGAAGCAGCGAAAGCAGCAGCAGCAGCAGCAGCAGGAACAGCGGCAGCAUGCCGCAGAGCAGCAGCAGCUGAAAGCAGAGCAGCAACCAGAGCAAACAGGUCAGCGGCUGCAGCAGCAGCAGCAGCUGCAACGAACAGAAGAGCAGCAGCAGCAGCAGCAGCAGCAGCAGCAAGAACAUCCUGAAAAGGAGGUUGGGAGAAAAAGAAAGAAGAAACAGCAGCACCAGCAGCAGCAGCAAAAACAACGGAAGAGGCGUAAGGGAGACAAUGAGGAGCAGCAGCAGCAGCAGCAGCAACGGAGGAAGCGUAAGGCAGACAUUGAGCAGCAGCAGCAGCAACGGAAAAAGCGAAAGGGAGACGAGCAGCAGCAGCAGCAGCAGCGACGCAAGAAAAGUAAGGGAGACAAGGAGCAGCAGCAGCAGCAGCAACGCAAGAAAAGUAAGGAAGACAAGGAGCAGCAGCAGCAGCAGCAGCAGCAACGCAAGGAAAGUAAGGGAGACAAGGAGCAGCAGCAGCAGCAGCGGCGGCAACGGAAGAAAAGUAAGGGGGACAAGGAGCACGACCAGCAGCAGCAGCAGCAGCAGCAGCAGCAUCAACGCAAGAAGAGUAAGGGGGACAAGAAGCAGCAGCAGCAGCAACGGCAAAAGAGGCAAAAGGGAAUCAAGAAGCAGCAGCGAGGGCGAAAACGAAAGCAGCGGCCUGUCGAGGAAGAGCAGCAGCAGCAGCAGCAGCAGCAGCAGCAGCAGCAGGAAACAGGGGAAGAAGCAGCAGCACAAAGGAAGAAGGAGCGCAAUCCAAAGCGAUACCAGCAACAGCAGCAGCAGCAGCAGCAGAAGCAGCAGAAGCAGCAGCUCCUGGCUCUCUCGGAGCUGCAGCAGCAGCUGCGGUGUCUCAGGGGCCUCCGCUUCUUGCAGCCAGCAGCUCUUGCUGCUGCAGCACCUGCCUUGCUGCUGCAGCCGCUGCUGCUGCCUACCGAGGAGCAGCAGCAGCAGCUGCUGCAGCGAAUGUGGGGCCAGAGCAAGCAGCUAGAAUAUUACAGUGCUGCCGCAGAUAACAGCAGCAGCAGCAACGCUCUCUGCAGCCGCUGCUGCUGCAGCAACGCGUGGAUUGCUGCUGUUCCUGCUGCUGCGAUUCCCAGAGGGUUUGCAUUUGCUGCAAUCACUGUAAUGCUUGAAGACCAGGCAGAAGCAGCAACUGCAGCAGCAGCCGCAGCAACUGCAGCAGCAGGAGCAGCAACUGCAGCAGCAGGAGCAGCAACUGCAGCAGCAGCAACUGCAACAAGAAGAAGAACAACUGCUGCUGAAGACACCUGUGCUGCUGAUUGGAAGAGGAACUCGUGA